ACGCAGCGGAGAGAAUUCCGGAAUUCCGGAGAAUUGUUUUUGCUUUGACAAAUAUCGGUUACUUUGGGUGUGUUUUUCUCCUUUUUUUCCGUCUUUAGAGUGUGUUUUUCAUCGCUGCAUUAGUUUCCGGUACGUUUAAAGUAUUUCGGGCGGUUUUGUGAUGUCGACGGAGAACCACCAAAAUCCCGGCAUGAAGCUGCAGGAGGAUAUGACCAAUGUCGAGGAUGGUUUCGUGGUUAAGCUGAGGGGCUUACCCUGGUCAGCCACAGUUGACGACAUCGUUAAGUUCUUUAGCGAUUGCAACAUAAAGGGGGGCAAACAUGGUGUGCACAUGACCACCUCCAAGGAAGGCCGCCCCAACGGCGAAGCCUUUAUUGAAAUGGAAGAUGCUGAAGACGUUCUGCAGGCCUGCCAGAAGGAUAGGGAGCAUAUGGGGAAUAGAUACAUUGAAGUAUUCAAUGUAAAUCGAGCAGAGAUGGAUUGGGUAAUCAAACGAUCAGGCGCUCAGUUUGGGGCCAAUGAGGAUGGCGUCGUGAGACUGCGGGGCUUACCAUUUGGCUGUUCAAAAGAAGAAAUUGCACAAUUCUUCAGUGGGUUGGAGAUUGUGCCGAAUGGAAUUAAGCUAAUGACUGACUACUCAGGGCGGAGUUCUGGGGAAGCAUACGUACAAUUUGUAAACAAAGAAGUGGCAGAGAAAUCUCUGCAGAAACAUCGGGAAAAGAUUGCACACAGGUACAUAGAAAUAUUCCGGAGCAGUUUGUCUGAAGUGAAUUGCGUGGUCGGGUUUACGAACAACACCCGAAGCAAUCCACCGCCGUCGAGAAUGAUGGGUGGGUCAGGGGGCGGCGGUGGCGGAGGAGGAGGAGGCAUUGGUGGAGGCGGAGGCGGCUACCGACCCCGCCCUUACAAUCGCGUGGAUCGUAAUUGUUGGGGCGGCAACGGUGGUGGAGGCGGAGCCGUGGGCGGCGGCGGCGGUGGUAAUUUCGGGGGGAUGAAUAAUCGGUUACAGACGAGAAUGUCGCGCAACUUCAAGGGCGUUUUCUCUUCCAACAAUUACGAAUACAAUGGUGGGUUCGAUGGGCGCAACUCGUGGAAGGGUGGGAACGAUGGCGGAAUGGGCGGUGGUGGAUGCGGAGGAGGAGGCGGUGGCGGCGGCUAUGCGCCCGAUUGGAACAGGGGGCUACCUAUCGGGGGCGUCGGUACCACUGGUGGUGGCGGCGGAGGCGGUGGCGCCGGUGGAAUGCAUUGCAUCCACAUGCGCGGCCUUCCGUUCCGAGCGUCCCAAAUGGACAUUGCCGAUUUCUUCAAGCCGAUUAUACCCGUGGACAUUCACCUGCUGUCGGAUAACUCUGGCCGCGCUUCCGGAGAGGCAGACGUUGAGUUUGCAUGUCACGAGGACGCUAUAAGGGCGAUGAGCAAAGACAAGGGCCACAUGCAGCACCGCUAUAUUGAGCUGUUCUUGAACUCUGCACAACCUGGGAUCAAUCCGAAUGGUAACGGCAUGGGAGGCGGUUACGGGGGUGGCCUUGGACGCAGAAGAAUAUAAUCUUUAUAUUUAUAUAUUUGUACUUAACUUUCCAAUAUUCUCUUACAAGAUUUUUUUAAGUUUACUAUUAUUAAUUAACAAGACCGCUUCAGGCUUCACGAAAGAAAAAAUAUAAAGAAGUCUCUGUCAAAAAUGAUUAUUCUUUCGUUUUUUUUACAUAAAUCGUAUGUUUUAUUUCGCAUUGUAUUCUAAUAUUGUAUUUAUAUAAUGAAAGAAAUAAUUGAAAUACAGUUUGAUACAAA